GAUGUUGUUGAUCCUAUUACACACACUUCUUCAUCAUACUGUGGCUGACACGCAUGUUGCUUCUGAGAUCAACACCUUCGGAUUGAAACUCCUGCAACACGUCCCACCUGAUGAAAACAUAAUGAUAUCCCCGUUUUCUAUUUGCACUGCAGUCGCUAUGCUCAAUGCUGGUACUUCUGGUGAAACUAAGAAACAGAUUGACUCUGCUUUUGGCUGGUCUGAUUCUACAGAUUUAUCAGGUCAAUACAAGGACUUUCUUACUAAAGUUGAGGGAUCUGAAAAAGACAAGUUUACCCUUUCAUCGAACAACCGUCUGUACAUCGACAACACAUUCACCCCUCUGCAAAGUUAUUCUAAUGAGCUUACUACUAACUUUGGUGCUGAGGUUGAAGCUGUUAACUUCAGUAAUGGCGAUAAUUCAGCAACUGUUGAACAAAUAAACACAUGGGUUGAAGAAAAAACGAAUGAGAAAAUCCAGAAACUUUUCUCUGAUAUCGACGGCGGAGUCCGAGCUAUCUUGAUAAACACCAUCUACUUCAAGGCAGCAUGGGUAGACCCAUUUAACGAAGUCAUAACUCAGGAUGCAUUCUACCUUGAUGAAGAAUAUGCAAUAAAAACAGAUACUAUGCAUCUGGAAGAGAGUCUGCCAUAUUUUGAAAACAAUGACAUUGAACUUGUUAAACUGCCUUACGCUAGUGAAGGAUCACAGAGAGUGAGUAUGGUGAUAAUCAAACCCAAAACGCGAGCAGGUCUAAGUAGUCUUGAAAAGAAGAUUGGGUACCAGUUCUCUGAGGUUUCUUCUUGGAUGAGCAGUGUUGAGUACAUAUUGUUGGAUCUCUCAAUGCCAAAAUUCCAAUUUGAAUCUGGAGUUGACAAGCUGAAAGAAAUUCUCAUUGAAGAUUUUCAGGUCUUAGAUGUGUUUGAUGAAAAUAAAGCUGAUCUUUCUGGAGUAAGCUCUACUGAAGAUCUAUUUGUUUCCUUCAUCAAACACAAGUCCUUUAUAUCAGUGAAUGAAAAUGGUACUGAAGCUGCUGCUGCCACAGCUAUUGGUAUAAGUCUAACAUCCGUAGAAAUAAAACCAAUACCACGUGAAGUGCUGGUGAACCAGCCGUUUAUGUUUUUGAUCUACGACGAAAGUAACGAGGUUGUUCUGUUUGUUGGUCGGAUGGUACAUCCUGACUCUGAGAAAGAUUCUGACAAGUAUCUUGAAAGUAGGUACAUUAGUUCGGGUAGUUCUAGUAGCGCCAAGUUUGCUGGCCAGAGCUUACUGCUCUGUAUUAUUGUGGCGAUGGUAUGGAUUGCAUAAUAUGCUGUAAUCCAGAUUAUUGUAUAUAUUUCCUUUCAGUUUAGCUUUAGAUUUAGAGCAAAUUUACGACCUUUGAAGAUUCUAAGCUUUAAAGCCGUCGGAUUCAGAAUUUUUUAGAUUUUGUGUUUAUUUAUUUGUGUAUAUAUUAGUGAACAAUUUAGAUAUAUUUCUAUUGAGAA